AUGUACUCUCCAUCACCUUCUAACAAAUCCUACAUGGUUUAUGCCAAUAAUAAGGCUAAUACCACCACCAAUCCAUCAUCCAAUUCUACAACCACCACAGGAGGAGCAGCAGUAACAGGUCAUUCUGCUUCAACCACCAAUAAUCCAUUGAAUAGUUUAUUGAGUGCUGCUUCUUUAUUAUUGUCCGAUGAUUCAAAUUCCAACUCUCUGAAUCAAACAACCUCACCAACAGUAUCUGAAUCAUCAUCCAAUUCUACACUUGUUACAGCUACAAAUACUACUACAACCACUACUACCAUUCCUAAUCCUAAUAAUAAUAAUAAUAAUGGUAAAAUGAUGAAUAAUAAUCAACCAUCACCAUCUGAUAUGUUUGAUGGUUAUUUAGAAUUACAAGAUGGUACAAGAUAUUAUGGUAAAUUAUUUGGAGCUAAUAAGUGUUUAAUUGAAAAUGAUUCCAAUUGGAAUUCACCAUUUUCUGUGAGUGGUGAAUGUGUUUUUACAACUGCAAUGGUUGGUUAUCCUGAAUCAUUGACUGAUCCUUCUUAUCAUGGUCAAAUUUUAGUUUUAACUUUUCCACUUGUUGGUAAUUAUGGUGCACCAAAUUUCAAAACAACAGUUUCUAAUAAUGGUAAUAAGAAUUUAGAUGAAUUUGGAUUGCUUCCAAAAUUAGAAAGUGAUAAGAUUCAUAUUAGAGGUUUAAUAGUUCAAGAUUAUUCACAUAAUUAUUCACAUUAUGAAGCAAUUUGUUCACUUCAUCGUUGGUUACAAGAAUAUAAUAUUCCAGCUCUAUAUCACAUUGAUACGAGAGCAAUUACAAAGAAAUUGAGAGAUGAAAAAUCAAUGUUAGCAAGAAUUGUUACAAAUAUUAAUUAUGAACAUGAACUUUCUAUUAAAGGUCUUGCUCCUUUACAAUGGUAUGAUCCAGGUCAAGAUGUUGAAAUUAUUAAGAAAGUAACUUGUAAAGAUGUUACUAUUUAUGGUAAAGGUAAUAAGUUUAAAGUUAUUGCUAUUGAUUGUGGUAUGAAAUAUAAUAUUAUUCGUGAACUUGUUAAAAGAGAUGUUGAAUUGAAAGUUGUUCCAUAUAAUUAUAAUUGGUUAGAAUUAGAUGUUAAUAAUUCAAACAAUAAUAAUACCAACAAUGAUAAUAAUACUAAUAAUAAUAAUACUAAUAAUACUAAUAAUACUAAUAUUGAUGGUAUUUUUAUUAGUAAUGGACCUGGUAAUCCAAAUAAUUUCCAUGAAACUAUUUCAAUUUUAUCUGAAUAUAUUUCAUUAGUUCAACAACAACAACAAGUUCCAAUUAUUCCUAUUUUUGGUAUUUGUUUAGGUAAUCAAUUGGUUGGUAAAGCUAUUGGUGCAAGUGUUUAUAAAUUACCAUUUGGUAAUAGAGGUCAUAAUCAACCUGUUAUUGAUCAAUUAACACGUAAAUGUUUUAUCACUUCACAAAAUCAUGGUUAUGCUAUUGAUAAUCAAACUUUACCUUCAAAUUUCAAACCAUAUUUCAUUAAUGCCAAUGAUCAAUCUAAUGAAGGUGUUUAUUGUUUGAAUUUACCAAUUUUUACAGCUCAAUUUCAUCCAGAAGCUAAAGGUGGACCAAGUGAUACUUUCUUUUUAUUUGAUCAAUUUAUUGAUUUGAUCAAAUUAAAGAUUUCAAACAAGUUACAUCGUGUUAAAAAUUUUGAAUCUAAAUAUAGCAAAGUAUUUAUCAAACAUCAUAAGAAUAUGAAAACUAAAUUCAAUCAAUUAUUGAAAUCUGUUGAAGAUACUUCAGAUAUUUCAACUCCAAUUUUAAAACAACAAGAAUCUUUAAUGAAGAAGAGUAUUUUUAAUCAAUCAAUUAUUCAAGAAGAAAAGAAACUCUCAACUCUUGAUGAAAAGAAGAAGGUAUUACCAAAGAAGGUUAUUAUUUUAGGUUCAGGUGGUUUACAAAUUGGUCAAGCAGGUGAAUUUGAUUAUUCAGGAUCACAAGCUAUUAAAGCACUUAAAGAAGAAGGAAUUUAUACAAUUUUAGUUAAUCCAAAUAUUGCUACAGUUCAAACAUGUAAAGAAUUGGCUGAUAGAGUUUAUUUCGGGGCAGUUACACCUGAUUUUGUUGAAAAAGUCAUUAAGAAGGAGAAUGCAGAUGGUUUACUUUUAUCAUUUGGUGGUCAAACUGCAUUAAAUUGUGGUGUUCAAUUACACAAAUCAGGAGUUUUAGAAGAAUUGAAUUGUAGAGUAUUAGGUACACCUGUUCAAUCAAUUAUUGAUACUGAAGAUCGUGAUAUUUUCAAUCAAAAGAUGCGUGAAAUUUCACAACCAAUUGCUGAUUCAAAGGCAUGUGAUAAUGUUGAAGAGGCAAUUUUAGCAGCCUCUCACAUUGGUUAUCCAGUAAUUAUUAGAGCAGCAUUUGCAUUGGGUGGAUUAGGAAGUGGAUUUGCCAAUGAUGAACGUGAAUUGAGAGAAUUGGCAACUCAAGCACUUUCAAGUUCACCUCAAAUUCUUGUUGAAAAAUCAGUUAAGGGAUGGAAAGAAGUUGAAUAUGAAGUUGUUCGUGAUUGUAAUGAUAAUUGUAUUACAGUUUGUAAUAUGGAAAACUUUGAUCCAGUUGGUAUUCAUACAGGUGAAUCAAUUGUUGUUGCACCAUCACAAACAUUAAAUAAUGAUGAAUAUCACAUGUUGAGAACUGCUGCUAUUAAGGUUAUUAGACAUUUGGGUAUUGUUGGUGAAUGUAAUAUUCAAUAUGCAUUGAAUCCAUACAGUAAGGAAUAUGUUAUCAUUGAAGUUAAUGCUCGUUUAUCAAGAAGUUCAGCUUUGGCUUCAAAAGCAACUGGUUAUCCACUUGCAUUUGUUGCUGCUAAACUUUCAUUGGGAAUGGAAUUGAUUGAUAUUAAGAAUUCUGUUACUAAGGAAACUAUUGCUUGUUUUGAACCUGCAUUAGAUUAUUGUGUUGUUAAAAUGCCACGUUGGGAUUUGAAGAAAUUCACUCGUGUUUCAACUGUCAUUGGAUCAGCAAUGAAAAGUGUUGGUGAAGUGAUGGCCAUUGGUAGAAAUUUUGAAGAAGCAAUUCAAAAAGCUAUUAGAAUGGUUGAUACUUCAUAUAGAGGAUUUGAUUCUGCCAAUUCUUCAUUUGAUUUGGAAAAGUUGAUGAAACAAUAUUCUUCUUCUUCUAAUACUGCUGCUAAUACUAAUACUACUACUGCUUCUUCAAAUCAUCACCAACAUCACCAUCAACAGUAUCAAUAUCACCAUCACUCUGGUUCAUCUCAUAAUAGUGUUGGUUCUGCUAAUACUAAUUAUGGUAGUUUUGGAUCUGGUUCUACUCAUUUUGGAAGCUUUGGUCAAACUCAUUAUGGUAGUUUUGGAUCUAGUUCUCAUUCUCACUUAUUUAAUAGUAGUGUCACUAAUCCAUUUGCUUUACAACCACAAGUUUCACCAAAAGAAGAUAUCAAACAAAAGAUUAUUAGAGAAUUAACUCAUCCAACUGAUCAACGUAUCUUUGCUAUUUCACUUGCUAUGGAACAUUUUGAAAUGACAGUUGACCAAAUUCAUCAAUUUACUCAAAUUGAUCGUUGGUUCUUGUACAAAUUACAAAAUAUUAUUCAAACUAAGAAGGCAUUGGUUGGAAUUGGUAAAUUAUUGAAUUCAUUACCUGAACUUCCAUAUCCAUUACUUUUACUUUCCAAACAACAAGGUUUCUCUGAUUUACAAAUUGCUUCAAGUUUACCUUCAUUGUUAUAUCAUGAAUUUUUACAAGCAAUUUUAAAGAAUCAAGUUCAAUUCCCAUAUCAAUUAUCAUGUUUCAAUAAUAAUACUAAUACUAAUAAUAAUAGUAAUAAUACUACUACUGAUAAUACUAAUAAUACUACUAAUAAUAAUACUAAUAAUACUCAACCACAAUAUAAAGAUACCUAUAAAAAUCCACCUAAAUUAAGUAAGAUUGAUAAAGAAUUAAUGGUUAGAUUUAUUAGAAAGUAUCAAUAUAAGAUUGAACCAAUUGUUAAACAAAUUGAUACAUUAGCAGCAGAAUAUCCAGCACAAACAAAUUAUCUCUAUACAACCUAUAAUGCAGGUAUUAAUAGUAUUGGAAAGGAAGGAGGUGAAAUGAUUUAUCCAGAUCAUUGUUAUCAUCAUGAUGUUUCAUUUAAUGAUGAAGGUAUAAUUGUAUUAGGAAGUGGUGUUUAUAGAAUUGGUAGUAGUGUUGAAUUUGAUUAUUGUGGUGUGAUGAGUGUUAGAGAAUUGAAGAGAUUAAAUUACAAGACUAUAAUGAUUAAUUAUAAUCCUGAAACUGUUUCAACUGAUUAUGAUGAACCUGAUCGUUUAUAUUUUGAAGAAUUAAGUUUAGAAAGAGUUUUAGAUAUUUAUGAAUUGGAACAUUCACAAGGUGUUAUUGUUAGUGUUGGUGGUCAACAACCUAAUAAUAUUGUUUUACCUUUGGAUAAACAAUGUCAUGUUAAAAUUUUAGGAACUAGUUCAGAUUCAAUUGAUAAAUGUGAAGAUCGUUCUAAAUUUUCACAACUCUUAGAUUCACUUGUUAAUGAAAAGACAGGUGACAAAUUGGUUUAUCAACCUGAAUGGGCUAAUUUAAUUACUAUUGAAGAUGCUUUAAUUUUUGCUAAUAAGGUUCAAUAUCCUGUUUUAAUUAGACCUUCAUAUGUUUUAUCAGGUGCUGCAAUGAAUGUUGCUUAUUCAGAUUCUGAAUUAUUACAACAAUUAUAUAUGGCUGCUGACGUUUCUAAAGAACAUCCAGUUGUCAUUUCUAAAUUUUAUGAAAAUGCUAAAGAAAUUGAAAUUGAUGGUGUUGCAAUGAAUGGUGAAAUUAUUAUUGAUGCAAUUAGUGAACAUGUUGAAAGAGCAGGUACUCACUCUGGUGAUGCUACUCUAAUUUGUCCACCUUAUUCAUUGAGUUUUGAUAUUCAAGAUUUAAUUAGAGAAAAGGCAUCAAUGAUUGUUAAAUCUUUAUCAAUUAGUGGUCCAUUUAAUAUGCAAUUCUUAUUUGAUAAUGAAUGUAUUCAUGAUGAUGAUCAAGAAGAAGAAGAAGAACAUGGACAACAACAAGGAAUGACUCAAUCAUUCUCAACAAAUUCACUAGAUGGAUAUGAUGAUAGUUUUGAAUCUGAAUCUUUAUAUUUGAAAUUAUCAAAGAGAUUACGUGUUAUUGAAUGUAAUUUGAGAGCAAGUAGAUCAUUCCCAUUCAUUAGUAAGACUUUAGAUUUGGAUUUUAUUGCAUUGGCUACUAGAAUCUUUACUCAUCAUUUCAAUUUACCAUCUUCUUCUUCAUCAUUAGCAUCAUCAUUGGUCAAUUCAAAUACCAUCACAAGCUUACCAGGUAGUAAUGUUCCAACUAGAAAUUAUUAUCAACAAAUGAAUUUACUUGAACAAAUUACAAUGAAACGUGAACAAGUUGAAUCCAUUACACAUUCUAAUACAUCAUCAUUACAAAAUAAUAGUAAUGGUAAAACUGAUGAUAAUGAUAGAUAG